AUGAAAAAAGACAACCACUCCUGUUUGACUGAGUUUCUCCUCCUCGGUUUCUCAAAUUUCAAGUCUAUGGAAAAACUUCUGUUUUGUCUGGUUCUAAUAUUCUACUUCAUGGCUUUGAUGGGCAACAGUCUGGUUUUACUCCUCAUCAUUGCCAGUCCCACCUUUCACACCCCAAUGUACUUCUUCCUCUGGAACUUGUCCUUUCUGGAAAUUGGCUACACCUCCACCAUCAGCCCAAAGAUGCUAAUGAAUUUGUUAGCAGAGAACCAGAUUAUAUCAUUUUGGGGCUGUGGAUGUCAAAUGUGUUUUUUCCUUCUCUUCAGUGUCACUGAGUGUUGUCUUCUUUGUGCUAUGGCGUAUGACCGCUAUGUUGCCAUUUGCAAACCCUUGCAAUACCUUUAUAUCAUGAAUUACAAGAAAUGUGCUAAACUAGCUGCCAUCUCAUGGGUUUUGGGAAUUUCCGUGUGCUUAGGGGAAUCUAUUUCAAUCUUCACCCUUCCCUUCUGUGGGUCAAACAGAAUCAGUCACUUUUUCUGUGAUCUUAUGCCUGUUCUGAGACUGACUUCCAUUAAUACUUACAAAUAUGAAGUGGGCAAUGCCACCCUAACUGUGGUAUUUGGUCUGGUUCCCCUUUUGCUCAUCCUGUUUUCCUACAUCCUCAUCAUCUCCACUAUUUUCACAAUGCCAGUGGCCACGAACAGGCGCAAAACAUUUUCCACUUGUUCCUCACAUCUCAUUGUUGUUUUCAUUUUCUUUGGAACCAUCAUUGUUACCUACAUUCAUCCCAAUUCAGCUUCUUCAGGAUCUGUGGAUGAUAACAGGUUCCUUGCCGUGCUCUACACGGUAGUGACCCCAAGCUUGAACCCCAUCAUUUACAGCUUGAGGAAUAAAGAAAUAAAAGCUGCUUUCAAUACAUUAGUAGCAAGGAAAUGGGUCUCCUUUAGGUAA